GGAAACGUCUAUGUGAAGUGUCCAUCUAUCCCGGCGGCCAUGGCUGCUGUUAACGCCCUCCACGGAAGAUACUUUGCUGGUAAGAUGAUCACUGCGGCGUACGUCCCGUUGCCAACUUACCACAACCUCUUCAAAGAGUCCAUCGCCGCCACACAGCUGCUGGCCCCGCCCCCGCGGCGGUGACUCCCCAGCGGCACGGCCCUCUGAUUGGCCACUGGACUUUUAUAUCUUCCUCUCCUAUUAGUCAACACAGACGAGUUUUACUUCCAACUUCAUGCCUGAAGAUGCCGUCUGUUUUUGGUGUUCUCUGCCCCCCCCCCCCCUCUGAGUAUUGUCUAAUGGUUGAGCUCCGUGAGCUGCGAGGAGGUCAGUUGAUGAUGGAGAUGAAGAUCGGAUCAGCUGAUUGGUCAGUUUGAUAUUUAACUGUUUCUCUAAUUGAGAAUUGAUUUUGUAAAACAUUGAUUAAAUUUUAUUUUGAAGUCA